CAAUAGCAGCUGUGCAGUUGACAAACUUUGUCUUCCAUUUUCUUUGCUAGAAUCUCAAAAUUUUCCGACCAGACUCACUCCAUUUCCUCUUCCUCCACUCAAAAUUCGUCUCCGGCGAAAAAGAGGUGAAAGGAUCCAGAUUCUUGCUUACUUCGAUUCAACCAGCAAUGCGUGUCUUGUAAAUUAUUUGUUCUUUCUUGAUCCUAUUUUGAUCAAAAUCUUCCCCUUUUUUUGGUGGAUUUGAAUUUUUGAGUGACUAAAUACGAUACCUUAUUUCAGGAUCUAGAAAUUUUUUAGUUUUUUACAAUUUAUUUUUUUAGAAACUCAUGUGUUAGUAUAGCAAAGUUGAGUGGUUUUUAGUUUGCAAAGUUGAGUUAUUGGGCUUGUGAUCAUGGAUCACAUUAUUGGUGGAAAAUUCAAGCUUGGGAGGAAGAUUGGGAGUGGAUCUUUUGGGGAGCUUUAUUUGGGUGUUAAUGUGCAAAGUGGGGAGGAAGUGGCUGUCAAGCUGGAAUCUGUGAAGACCAAGCAUCCUCAACUUCUCUAUGAAUCAAAAUUGUAUAUGCUUCUUCAAGGAGGAACCGGGAUACCUCAUUUAAAAUGGUCUGGAGUUGAAGGUGACUACAAUGUCAUGGCUAUUGACCUUCUUGGACCAAGUCUUGAAGACUUGUUUAACUAUUGCAAUAGAAAACUCACUCUGAAAACUGUUUUGAUGCUUGCAGAUCAGCUAAUAAACAGAGUUGAGUAUAUGCAUUCCCGGGGCUUUCUGCAUCGUGAUAUAAAGCCUGACAACUUUUUAAUGGGUUUGGGUCGCAAGGCGAAUCAGGUAUACAUAAUUGAUUAUGGCCUUGCAAAAAAGUAUCGCGAUCUUCAAACACAUAAGCAUAUACCAUACAGGGAAAACAAGAAUCUUACCGGAACUGCUCGAUAUGCAAGUGUUAACACACACCUUGGAGUUGAGCAAAGCAGAAGAGAUGAUCUAGAAUCGCUUGGUUAUGUGCUAAUGUACUUUUUAAGAGGAAGUCUUCCAUGGCAAGGCCUGAGAGCUGGCACUAAAAAGCAGAAAUAUGACAAAAUAAGUGAAAAAAAGAUGCUUACUUCGAUAGAGGCCUUAUGCAAGUCACAUCCAGCAGAGUUCACGACUUACUUCCAAUAUUGCCGAUCAUUGCAGUUUGAAGAUAAACCUGAUUAUUCAUAUCUUAAGAGGCUCUUUCGGGACCUAUUCAUUAGAGAAGGUUAUCAGUUUGACUAUAUAUUUGAUUGGACUAUGUUGAAGUAUCCUCAAAUUGGAUCCAGUUCAAGAGCUCGAUUUCAACAGCCAAGUGGGAAACCAGUCUUAAACCCUGGACCAUCUGGAGAGAGAUUAGAACGGCCUUCAGUUGGAAAAGAGAUUCGGGAUAGAUUAUCAGGCGCAGUGGAGGCAUUUUCAAGAAAGAAUAGCUCUGGGCAUGGACUGCAUAAAGAUCACUCCAUGCAUAGGUCUUCAGAUGAUGUUCCAUCUUCCAAAGUUGUGCAACUGGAUUCUCACAGGGCUCGUAGUUCUUCUCAAAAUGGCAGUGCCUCAAGACGGCCUGUCGUAUCAAGCAGCAGACCAAGCUCGUCUGCUGAGCCUAACGAAAGUCGUUCCAGUCGAAUGGUCUCUAGUAGUGGUCGUCUAUCUACCACUCAGAGGGUUCAACCUGGUUCCGAGUCUAAAUCAUCAUUUGCACGUGCCGCAAGGACGAGAGGUGGUCAUGAUGAUGCACUCAGGAGCUUUGAGCUCCUGUCAAUUGGUGCAGGGAAAAGGAAAAUGUGAUUAGAAAACUGUCGUGGGUUGCAUUCCCUUUUUUUUCUUGAGACAUCCACGCCUAACACCUCUUCCAUAAGCCCUGUAUAUUUCCUUCCUAUGUUGGGUCCCUUCAAGGCUAAAAGCUAAUUGACAUUUCUCGAUGAAGCUUUGGCAGAAUCUUCUUACGCCUAUUCAGAUGUUUUUUCCACGAUUAUUUUAGCAUGGACCCAUUCAUGAAGAGUCUCUCUUUAAGAAUUUGCUGUCUUGAAAUAAAUACAUUCUCUAUAGUUUCUGUUGAAGACAAAGGAAACUGCCAAGUCUGAACAUGCUCAGCAAGUUUUGCA